CAAACCUUUAAAAAAGAAGACGAUAUAGUGAUGCCCUGAUGGAUAGAGGUGCAGUUGCCAUUCCAUAACUGGAGGUGUCAGCUGGUGUCUAAGGACAAGAUAGAUGUAGAUACGGUAUUUCUUUCACAAUUUUAAACAUGGACAUUUCUGAAGAUUCUGAAAACUCAUCUCUGCUUCUCUUUAACUCGUCAGGACAUAUACAAGUGACCAUGGGAGACCAGUAUGGAAAUGUCAUCUUGCCCAGUAUUUUUGGGACCAUAUGUUUUCUGGGCAUCAUUGGAAAUUCUAUUGUCAUCUACACCAUCAUUAAAAAGACCAAAUGCCAGGCUAAACAAACGGUACCAGAUAUUUUCAUAUUCAAUCUCUCUAUUGUGGAUUUGCUUUUCCUCCUCGGCAUGCCCUUUCUCAUUCAUCAGCUCCUCGGAAACGGAUCUUGGUGUUUCGGAGCCACUAUGUGCAAAGUUAUCUCUGCCCUAGAUUCGAACAGCCAGACAGUGAGCACCUACAUCCUCACAGUUAUGACCUUGGAUCGUUAUGUGGCUACUGUGCACCCAUUCCGCUUUAACCAUGUCCGGACGACCUGUGUUGCCAGUGGUGUGGUGGGGAUGGUGUGGGUGCUUUCUCUCGUCUCCGUUACUCCUGUUUUAAUGUACACUGGCUUGAUGCCUCUCCACAACAGCCAGGUGGGAUGUGCUCUCCUGCUACCGAAUCCGUCCAUCAACAUCUGUUGGUUUACUAUCUACCAGUUUGUGCUGGUGUUUGCUCUUCCGCUGAUGAUUAUCUGUGUGGUGUUUUUUAAAAUCUUGAAGCACAUGUCUACCACAGUGGCACCUCUUCCCCCGAGGAACCAACAAGUACGCACUAAAAGUGUGACUCGGAUGGCCGUGGCCAUCUGUUUGGCCUUUUUCAUCUGUUGGGCUCCGUACUACAUCCUUCAGCUUGUCCAUCUGGGAAUACAGAAACCCAGUGCCUCAUUUUAUUAUGUCUAUCACGUUGCCAUUAGCAUGGGUUACGCGAACAGCUGCAUUAACCCUUUUCUUUAUAUAAUUCUAAGUAAGACCUUUAAACGGCAGUUUAUAGUUGCUAUACAGCCUGCGCACAACUUUCGGGUCAACCCGAGUAGCACGGAGGCCACUGUGUCCCUCCGUCUGGCAGCAGACUGCCAAAGACAUAUUCCUGCUAACAGCUCAGAGUAAUAUAAUUACACAAACUAAUUAUGGUGAUUACAGAUGAUUAAAGUGUGAGUAUUUCAUUGAGUAUUUCUUGGUCCAGUUGGAACAUCCGUAGAAGAUAUAUAUUUAGGCUUAUGACAAGCAAGGGAAUACCAAGCACAAUAGAAUGACUGACAGUCAGACAGAACAGUCAGGGUGAAGUGAAGAAUCUUUGAGCAGCUGUGCUCUUACAUGCUGACAGAUGACAGUAACCAUCACUGGCAGAUCAUAAAACAAAUGCAGCUGCUUGUCAUUAGAACAAUACUCUGCUUCAUUACUGUACAUAAUGUUGAUUGAAGAAAAUAAAAGCAAGAUUAAAAAAAAAAA